AGCAUUGACUCAACUGCUUCCAGAGCGCACAGUUUGUGUUUGGUCAGCGUUCCAAUUCGGUAGCAGCAUUCAGUCUCCACAAUAUUUAAGCAAAAAAUUGUGUCCACGGUAGAAGUCAAUCCUACAAAAUGAAACUCCUGGCCAUCGUAGUCCUUUCAGUGGCGCUCUUCGCACAUUCCGGCAAAGCUGCUCCCAAACCGCUACCCCAGACUUACAUUCCCGGAACGAUACAGUGGUUCUGCGCCCCCAGCUCUGAUUCCAGUUCCGGACCCGGUUCCAGCGAUAGCGCAUUCGGCGACUGGCUUCGAAAUGUGGUGCAACCGUGGCUUCCUCCAGCAGUGUGCAAAACUGUACUGCCUUCGGCUUCCGGAAACUCUUCGGGAGCAUCCGCCGCAUCGUGGUUGGACAUGAUCCCAAUGCCCUCGCCGCCGAAAUAACCAUUCUGCGAGACGUUCAAUCUGUUCGACGGAAGGCGAAAUUCAUUUUUUUGUCAAGAAUAAAGCUAGACUGAUGCCAAAAACUCAAAAAGUGAGCAA